GAGAUGGAAUCUCUCCCCGUCCCUAGUGUCCAGGCCAUGGUGGCAGCCACCGGCGGAGCCGACGUGCCGUCAAGGUAUCUCCGGCCAGAGGCAGCGGCGGAUGUGGUCGCCAUCGCCGGCGAGGAUCAGAUCCCCAUCAUUGAUUACCAGAGGCUGCUGCUGGACCACAGCGAGGAGUCUGCACGCCUCCACAGGAUCUGCCAAGACUGGGGCUUCUUCCAGCUAAUUAACCACAGUGUUCCAGACGAUGUGGUUGAGGGGAUGAAGGCCAACAUUCAGCAAUUCUUUCAGUUUCCUGCAGAGGUUAAGAAAAAGUUUACCCAGGAACGAGGGCAGUUGGAAGGUUAUGGCCAGUUAUUCGUCGUCUCGGAGGAUCAGAAGCUUGACUGGGCUGACAUGAUGUACCUGUACACACAGCCACCGGAGGACAGGAACUUGAGGUUCUGGCCGGACCAACCUGCUAACUUCAAAUCAACACUGGACAAGUAUUCUGCCGCUGUGAAGGAUAUAACAGAUACCCUUUUGGCUACCAUGGCGCAAAAUUUGGGGUUGGAACCAGAAGUGAUUGCUGACACAUGUGUCGGUGGAAUACAGUCAGUCAGGAUGAACUACUAUCCCCCGUGUGCUCAGGCGGACAAAGUUGUCGGCUUCUCUCCACACUCUGAUUCUGAUCUUCUGACUCUCGUCCUCCAAGUAAAUCAUGUUCAAGGCCUGCAGAUUAAGAGGAAUGGCAGUUGGUUUCCUGUCAAGCCCCUCCAGGGCGCUUUUGUCGUAAACGUCGGAGAUAUCUUGGAGAUCUUCACGAAUGGAAGAUACAGGAGCAUCGAGCACCGUGCCGUCGUCAACCCAAAGGAAGAGAGGCUGUCAGUCGCGGCAUUCCACUCUCCACACAUCCAUGCCAUGAUAGGCCCUCUGAAGGAGAUUGUGGUGCACGAAGACGAGGCCUAUAAAACGGUGGACCAUGAGGACUUCAUGAAGCUUUUCUUCUCCGCGAAACUCGAGGGCAAGAGCUUCUUAGACCGAAUGAAGCUGAGGAAUGAAGAGUAACUAGCAGGUAAGCUGUUGUUGGUUGUAUUGAGUAUUGGACCUUGCCUGUCUGGAGAAGAAAGGAAAACAUUCUACAUGGCUGAUAUGCAUAUACACGGGAAAAUAGCUCCUGAUCAUUUUUAUUGCCUGCACGUGCACAAGGCAUAGUUGGAGAGUUGAAUAGGAAGGAAGCAACUGCAGAUGCUUCUGUACUUUGUAGUGUCUACAAGCACACAAGGUCUCAGGCAUCACUAGAGUAGUUAGCAUCCCUGCAUCAUUCUAAGACGUCUGUAAGACUUUUUUUUUUCGAAAUGAGACGGCAGUAAGACUGUAACCUGUGUCUUAAUUUGUGAGCGAGACACGACAGACAGGACUGGGCCGUGCCAUGUAAUUUGUGAGCAUGUCAGAUGAAGAGAUACCUUGUUUUUUUGCUUA